UAUUUUAGGAAUCUUCGCAUGUUGUUGAUACUAAAUAAAAAUUGAUAAUAAAUAAUUAAUACUUGCUGCUGUUAGUAAAAACAUAAUUGCAAGUUAGCUGCAUUGUUAAAGCAGUAAAAAUUACACUAUUAUACUGGCAAAAAAUGUAUAGAAAUGGCAGAUUUUGUGAUUUUUAAAAAAGCUACAACAGAAUAACGGUUUAAAGUAUUAUCUUAUAUUUAACGCAAAAUACAAAAAUUUUGUUUAUGGAAUUUCGGCAAUUGUCCCUAGCCCUACCAUAAUUCUAAAUGACUUGAAGGAAGAUUACAUUAUUACAAGUAGUCAUUCAAACUGUGAAGAUGGAAACCUCAGUGCUCAUUAACAUGUGUGCGUGUGUGCAUACGUGUUGCAUACAAGCUGUUCGUGUAAAUAAAAGACUCAGGCGACGAACUUCAGGCAAUAUUCAGCCGUAUUUUACAAACUCUAUUGCGUGAAAAACACCAAAGAGAGAUAAUAAAGAGAAAAUCUCCAAUUACAAAAAAUGAUAAUGUUUUAAAAGAGCAUAAAAUAAGCUUUAACAAAAGGCGAUGUACACUUUUAAACUACUUAUGUAGUUUUAGCUAAGUUUUCUGCAGCUCAAACAAAUAGUUGCCAAACAAAAGCCAAAGCGGUCGGUUCGUCUACUUUAACAAGUUCGCGCGCUUCACUCUGUAUAACGCGGUCUCGUUAACGUUGUAUUAAAAUCGCGAGUGUUCAAACGGUGUGUCGCAGUGAGUAACAAACGGGGAAACAACGAAAAGCUUCGAAACGAAUGAAAAGAGAAGAGCGGAAAGCUACCCAAAUUACGUUCCAACAAGUGACUCAGUUCCGAUGCAGCCAACGCAAUCGAUUAAGUAACAGCAUUUAACGUUAUAUAUAAAGCCCAGCUACCUUCCUGGUUUUGUUGUGCCCCCUUGCUUUGCCCCGCUACGCUAAAUACACGGGUAAUAAUUGUGCUAAUCAUAUAUGUUGACGCUGGUGGCAACACUCCGCGCCUUCACGCCGCCGCUGCAACAAGUGAAAGUGAAUUUAAAAGCGUAAGCCAAAAGCAAAUAAAAACAAAACACAAAAAAAAAAACAACGAAAACACAAAACUACGAAAUUGUUUGCAAAGCGAAAUCCACCAAAAUAAAUGACAACAAAAACAAGCAAAAAGAAAGAAAAAACGAGGAAAACAAAUCAACACAAAGCGCAAGUGCAAAAGCGCGCUUGUAAACUGUGAAAAUGUGUGUAGUCUGUGUUUUGCUCAGCGCUUCUGCGUAGCGGUAAAUCGACCAAAAGAAAAGCAUGUGCGAUAUUUUAACUGGAAAAAAUAUAUUUAGUGCGAUAAUUCACAAGUGUCAGUGGAGCAGUGUAAUAUGAAGCGGAGGAAUUUACUGCUGAAGCUGUGCGCAUUGCUGACAACGCUGUCAUGGCAUCUGACAGCUUGCUCAGUAGUACAUGAGGACCAUUCACCGGCCCAAGAUGAUCUCGGUGACGCGUUAGCAGACAGUUUCUCUAAUGGAUUGGCGAACAGCACUGAUUUAGUGCGUGCCGUACGGGAGUCUAUAAGACAACAUGAACUUCUGCAGCAACGUAAUAAACAUCGCAGAUCGAAGCGUGCAAUCAAACGCGUUUGUUAUGGCGAACUCGGUUGUUUUGAGGACUCCGGCCCCUUUGCUUAUUUGGAAAUGCUGCCCUCGCCGCCACAAGAUAUCAACACCAAAUUCUAUUUUUACUCUACAAAAAAUCGUUCCGAACGUCCCCUCAUGGAGUUGCCGUUUCUAAAUAUGACUGACGCUUUUGCCAAAGUCGCACGAUCUUCGCAUUCUAUACGACGCAGAGCCGGUUCAGUAAGUGAUACAGAUGCCAAUAGUUCCACCACAACAACUACGACGACAACAACCACCACGACACAGCGUAGCGUCUUUAAAAGUACUCCACUGACACUCGACGAAUUGCAUGGCUUCGAUGAAUUGUCGGUGCGCGUGAUCGUGCACGGUUUCGGUUCGGCUUGUCCGCAUGUCUGGAUCUACGAAAUGAAAACGGCGUUGAUGGCGGUGGAAGAUUGUAUUGUUAUUUGCGUGGACUGGGAGAACGGCGCGACUUUCCCAAAUUACGUGCGUGCUGCAGCCAAUACACGUCUGGUGGGCAAACAACUGGCCAUGCUUUUGCAGAAUCUGAAGCAGUACAAGGGUCUCAACUUAACGCGCACCCAUAUAAUCGGUUUCAGUUUGGGCGCACAUGUGUCUGGUUUCGCUGGCGCUGAACUGCCAGGUUUGGCUCGCAUUACGGGUUUGGAUCCAGCCGGUCCACUGUUCGAGGCACAACAUCCCAAAGUGCGUUUGGAUAAUUCGGAUGCGGACUUUGUGGACGUUAUACACUCAAACGGUGAGAACUUAAUACUUGGUGGACUGGGCUCGUGGCAGCCAAUGGGACAUGUGGAUUUCUACCCGAAUGGUGGACGUGUGCAAACGGGCUGCUCAAAUUUAUUUGUGGGCGCCGUAACCGAUUUCAUUUGGUCUGCACAAACUGCCGAUGAGGAGGAGGGUCGUUCGCUCUGUAAUCAUCGACGUGCCUACAAGUUCUUCAUUGACUCAGUCGCUCCGCGCUGCAUGUUUCCAGCUUAUCCGUGCAAUAGCUAUGAUGACUUUAUUAAAGGCGAUUGCUUUCCUUGCGCGCAAAAUGACGAUGACGUUGCUGAAGGUGUGCCAAAAUGCGGCAACAUGGGCUACUACGCUGAUAGGUCCACCGGCCGUGGACAACUGUAUCUAUUAACAAGAGAAGAGGAACCUUUCUGUGCGCAUCAAUUUAAGCUGGAAAUAUUCAAUUCCUUCAAUGAUUUGCCGCUACGUACUAUCGGCCGCUUGGAGGCGACACUCGAAGGGGAGGGUGGCUUAAAUGAAACCUUCAAAAUAUCAGAAAAAGACGACUCUGAAUUCUUCGCUGGAGAUAUUGUUUCGAAAAUCAUUGUUCCACAUCCCGCCCUAGGCUUUCCAACCACACUUAGUUUACAUUACAAAUCCUAUAGUGGUUGGUUGUCCAAGGGACUGCCGCACUGGGACAUUGAUAAGGUUGUUCUAACCGACAGCUUUGGACGCAGUCAUUCCCUCUGUAAACCAUCGACUAAGCUUUCAUCGGGUACACCUGUGCGCCUAAAGCUGCUUACUGGUAACUGUGAAUUGGAGAACCAAGAAGAAUAUGGUACUUAUAAUGUGCCCACCACUUCGGUGCCCGACUCUAAUGGACAAGAGAGCAUAGACAAUUUGGAAACUGAUAGUAUAGAUGCCGCCAAGCAAAGCAAAGACUAUUUCAAUCUCGGUACUAGUUUUCGGCUGGAUCAAAAUAAUACAUAUACUGAUAACGAUCUGCCAUGGCAACCCAUAUUCGAAGGCACCAAUUCGCUGGACAAAGAAGUUGGUGAAUCCAGUCGCAGUUUAUCCGUCGAACCAACUGAGAUUUUCGAACCCGUUUUGAACGAUCGCCGCUUGGGGCUCAAGAAUGCACGUAACCUGCAGGAAUAUGGUGUAACCACGGAAGAGAUAGUUGAGCCCGUUUUAAAGGCGACUACACCACGUGUGAAGAAAGCAAAGGAGAUUGUCUUCACAGACUCGCCGCUGGACACAAAGAAACCGGAAAUUAUUAAAAUUACACCGAUUACGGUACGCAAUGGACCCGAGCUACCGAAGCAGAACUCACCGGAGGAAGUUAUUACUGUGCAACUGCUGCCCUUCCGUCUCGGCGAUUUACUACAACGUGCAGAGCGUUACGCACGUGAGACGCUCUUACCGCUGAUCUCUGUGCAAGCGCCGAAAUUCUUUGGCUUCAAUAUAGGCGGCUCACCAGUGAGUAGUACUGAACAGCCUGCUACUCUUAAGGAAGAACCACGCAAACCACGCUAUAUACCACGUUUUGAGGAGGCGUCCUUUUUGCGUGAGAAGCGUGUUGAGGACAACCGCCCUGUCCGAAAAUCGCUAACAGAUCGCGCAGUGUCUGAGUCCCGAACGCAGCGUAAUAUUUUCAAACUCCUAAGGCCGGAUAAUGUAGAAAAACCAACGAGUAGUGUUGAGAGUAGUAUUGAUCGCUCGGGUCAAAAGCGUGCGCUUAGCUAUUACACCAAUAUGGUGCUCUCUGAAUCGCGGGCAUUACGACCGGAAGAUCCCAGUUAUGAGCCAGUAUUCAUAGAACUACCCACCUAUAGGCCAGGCAAAGCGACGAAUCAAAUGUCGGUUGAACGAAAACCCUGAAACUACAUAACUGUAUUGGUUAUCGAAAACAGUGUGGGUUAAACACUAUUCGAAUUGUGUAAAAGCGCGUGAUAAGUCAAAUGCUGUAGACGCUCAUCUCGUCACUAUUACUUUUUUUCGAAACAAUACAAAAAUAAAUUUACAAAUGAAUUUGUCAAACGCUUCGCCAUAAAGCUUGGCUGCUUUACUGAAGAUGCAAUUAGCCCUCGGUCUAACCAAAAAGAAGUAUAACUAAAUAAAUUGUAUAGAUAAUAAAAAUAAAUACCAUUGUGAUCGCCAUUUACGUGCAACCCUGUGAGUCGCCACUAAUUUGCUGGUUUUAGAAUUUUCUUACAUUUGCGGCCAAUUUUAUAAAAUUAUUUAUAUUUAAUAUUUUCUAAGCUCAUCUCUUUAGAGAAUACUUAAAUUGAAUUUUCUGUAAAUAUUUCUAACCCUAUCACUGUUUUCCACUUACUCUAAUUGCUUAUGUAUGUAAUUUCGAAUAUAAGUAAAAAAUGUUUAGUUAAGAAAACAUAAUUCUUGACUCCUGCGAAUGCCGUUCGCGUCAUCGCUUGGAGCCAAGGUAUUGCUGUUUGGAAUUUGUUAGGGAGUAGGUUAUAAUUUGUAUUAAGUACGUAUAGUACUUAUAUUUUGUACGAAUAAAUUAUUUAAUUUUACAAGAAA